GCGCGCGAUAAACUUUGAGUGACAAGCGAUGGCGACAGCGCUGCCAGAUUGUGAUGAAUUUAUGUUAAUUACGGUUUAAACUAAUUUUUGCAGCUUUAAUCUAUAUAAAAUAUCUGUUACGAUCAUUUGCUCUGUAAAGUAAAAUGAACAGCUGCUUGGUAUCCUAAAAAAUUAUACAACAAAUUUAAACAUUUUUACCAAAAUUUCAUUUCGUCAGGUUUAUAUGCUUUAGUGUCAACUUCGAUAUGAUUGAUAACGUGCAUCGCAAAAUGUUUUUCGAUUACCGUAUGUUCCUUUUGUCCAGAUCUACUAGUCCUGAAAAUAUUUGCACUUAUUUAAGACUCACCCUGUAUAGAUUUCUAUCAAUUUUUAUUUAAUUAAAAAAUAUGGAAUUAUUUAUUGCUUGCGUAUUUGAUAUUUAUUUUCAUUAAUAAACUGAUAACAAUUAAGAACAUUUUAAUUAUUUAUGUGAUAAUAUAUGUGUAAUAAAAUGUGAAUGAAAGGAUGUUUUUAAUUUCAAGUUACGCAUUUAAAUAAAAAAUAUCUACUACGCAGGGGAAGCCAAUGCACGUUAAGACAUUUAAAAUAGUAGAAAUCGAAUAAAAAUAUACCCUACAAUAGCGCAAAUUUUAUGUAAAUUUACAUAAUAAGAAUUAAUUUAUUUACUUCUCCUACAUUGAUUGAACUGUCUCUACGUCUAAUAAUAAAAACCCAAUAUAGCCAGCCUAUUUUUAACAAUUACUUCAUAUUAAGUAACCCAAGCGCUGACCUUUUCCUUCCAUUCAAAGAUAACAACCCCAUGAACGCUUUCAGCGUAUAAAUUUUUUAUCGCGCUCGAAACUGUCAAAACGACUUCAGUAUAAAUAAAAUGGCUUCGGCGACAACAGUUGCGGCUUUUUUCGCGUUUUUUUCGUUCGUUCACGUUGCGCUUUCUUGCCAAGAUACAUUUUUCGACACGAACGUGACGCUAGGAGGAGCCAAAGACAUUAAAACAAUAAGCGGCUGUUUCGCGCCUACGGAAUCCUUGAUAAAAGUCUCCUUCAUUCAAAUACUCGAUCAAAAUGUUACGGUUUUACGGAAAGGAGCUAUAUAUGGGUUGCCCAAUUUAGUGGAUAUCAUUAUAGAGAAUAGUAGUGUGACAGAUUUGGACGGGGGAUGUUUUUCAAACCUUCCCAAACUCUACUUGAUUAAACUAAGGCAUAAUAACUUCAGUACAGUUCGCGAAGGUGUUUUUAACAAUCUCCCUGUAACUGAGCUUUGUCUAACGAAUAAUAGCAUCGAAAGCAUCCAUCCGAAAGCUUUCAACGAUAUUCCUAACUUAAACAGUUUGAUAUUGGACCAGAACAGAAUAGGAUAUUGGUCAAGCGAGUGGUUUCAACGCAGCCCGAACAUCGCCGUGCUGAAUUUUGAGUAUAACUGGAUCACAAACAUACCAGCCAAGGCUCUACAAAACGUUAAUGGGCUUCAUUAUAAUUCUAACGUCAAAUUGAACGUGUCUACUCAAGUGUACCUGAAUAAUAACCGAAUAAAAUAUCUGAGUGAUGGUGCUUUUAAUGGUAUUGAAAUGUUUGGGUGGUUGUUUUUACACAAAAACGAACUGGAAGAGAUCAGCGAGGCUAGUUUAGGGACAUUAAAGAAAGUGGAUUGGGUUAGACUAGAACACAACCAACUAAAAUGUAUUCCAAAAAGAUUGGUAGAUAUAUCUCCGAAAGUGUUAUGGUAUAUAGGUAACAAUCCGUUAACUGACGAAUGUAUAAGUUGGUAUGAAAAUAUAAGAAACUAAAUGUUAAAUGGAAUGUAACUUAUAUUGUAGCUGUAACCUAGGUUAAAUGAUAUUAUUAAUUUAAUUAUUAUAAUGUAUUACUAGUUUUAAAUAUAAAUAAGGGUUAUAUAUGUAUUACAGAAUGUUCAAAGCUCUUGAUUUCAUAUGAUUAAUUUUCUUGUUUAAAAAAUUAUAUUAUACAGGGUGAUACAGCUUUCCGAAAAACCUCAAUAUCGGGUUUUUGGUUUGAGAUUUUUUACUGCAAUUUUUUUUAUAAAAUGUGCGGGAAAAAGCUGCUCAUAUUUUAAUUAUUUUUCGAUACAGGGUGGUCCGAAUUGUAUUCGGGAAACUCGGCAGUAUAAU